AUGGUCAAGGAUCAAUGCUUUGAGGGUGACCAGAAGGUGGCUAAGCUCGAGAAAAUCGUGGGUGUGUUAACUAAGAAGAAAGCAGGUGUUAAGGAUGGGUUGGGGAAGGUAGUUUGUCUACUGUUCUUGCUAAUACUGGUCAUCGUAGGCUGGAAGAGUUUCGGAGGAUUUGAACAUCAGUGUCUGAACUUGGAAAGGGCCUCUCAGCUGCUGAACAACAAGUCACGGGUUCUCACAAGGUACAAGAAGUCACGGGUUUCAAUUGGUGGUCACGGGUAA